AUGCAACGGCUCAAAGAAGAGGUGGCUGAAAAGCGCCACCUGGUCAUGGGAGACUUGGAAUUAGAGGCUAAGCACAGGAAUUCAACUGAUUCACAUGCGUCAGAAGAGCAUACCCCAAGCUUCCUAUCGUUUAGACGUUGGGUGAACAGCUUUAGGGCAAAAAAGAGCUACCGCCCCUGUCAGCGUCUAAGAUACGUGAAGGGCUGGUCGGAUACUACGCAGACAUGCUGCGAUAAUACUAAUGCAUUGCCCUGCGGAGGAGGACAGGAUCUGCAGUGGGAAUGUCUCUCCGGUCACUCAUCCAAUCUGGAGACUAUCAAGACGAGUACCUUGAGCGUUGCCAGUCAAAGUGUAGCGAGAUCGAGGGGAACCACUCAGAGUACGAAUCGGAGUGUCGGCUCAGAGCUACGUGGGUCUAUAGAGAGCCUAAGACCAGCAUUGAGCUUUACGAUCGACGAAGAAGCACAAAACCGGGCUGUUAAGCGACGUAAAGUUCUUCGAGAGAUUAUUACCACUGAAUCUGACUAUGUAUUUGGGUUGAAAGCCCUUAUCAAUGUACUUUUCCUCUUCUCCACAAGACCAGAGAUCUAUCACAACCUCCAUCAGAUUCGCGAACUACACGAAGACCUUCUGGCACGGAUCCGCAAGGUGACACCGAUGUCUAUCCUUGCUGCGGAAGAAUAUGACAGAUUGGUACCCCAUGGCGUACAUGAGCGCUUCAAUCCUACUGAUUUAAGUCUGAGAGCACUUCGAAAUAGAUCUAUUAGAAUAUGUCACUUCAAGAAAUCUGUACUUUCGCGCUUUAAAGAACUUGCAGCAGAAGCGAAUGAAGCCCUGGAAGUUGCGGUUGAGAUUGGGAAACUAUCAAAGUCCUUUUCAACAUAUAUGGAUUUCUGUAGAAAUUAUGAGCAGCUUACGGAGGACGUGGAUAUUCUACGUCGAUCAGUGCCGAACUGGUCGGUUUUGGAGAAUGGUAUCGAAGCUUUGUCGAAGUCGGUAGCGUCGAUUGAGAACCAGGCCCUCGAACAUAACAAAUCAAUGCUGUUGCAUGACCUCCUCAUCAAGCCGAUCCAACGCCUUUGCAAGUAUCCAUUACUGCUGCAAGAGUUACUAAAGUGGACCUAUAUCCAGGAUGACCCGACUGCCCAUGACGGGAUUCACGAAGCAUUGGAGGGCGUUCGUACGAUGAUCAAUCAAAUCAACAAGGCGCCGGGUAAUCCUGUCAAUAAAGGAAUGGUUCAAAGGACCCUCUUGUUACAAGAGAUGCUAGGGCUCCCCAGGCUGAAGCUUGCGUACGAGCGGAAUUUGAUCGGGUUCCAGGUUGCUCUUCAUCACAUUUACAAACAAUUGGGACCCAUGACGCUUUGCGGAGUGCUCCAUACCACAUAUCAGACUUCGACAUGCCUUGCAGGUGACUAUAUGGUCUGUGUCUUGUUCAAGAGCCACUUUUUGCUAGCCAAAAUCAACAACGACGGUCGCAGCUUAGGGGUGGUCGCGUGUUUGUAUGUCUGCGAUGCGAAGAUCGAUACCCUGAGGAACGGAAAGGGCCUCUGCUGUCAUGGGUGUUUUUUCUCAUGGAAAUUGGCCUUUCAAUAUCAAAAUAACAAAUAUGAGCUUGUUUUGAGUGCCUCAUCCGCGUACGAAGAAAAGCAAUGGAAAACCGAGUUUCUCAAGUCGGCCGCAAUUUCAGCUGAUAUGCAAAGGCCGGUGUCCUCGGAGCUGCGAGGAUAUUCCUUUUUGACCUUAGACUUGGCCCCUCUGGAUCAAGUGUUGAGUUCCGAGCCUUCAUUCUCUCGUACAGCCUCUGUCCACUCGGUAGCAAUUUCGCGCGUGGAGUCCGACCUGCAGCAUGUAGUGAUCAAGAGAACGCACUGCCCAAACAAGCAAGGACAGAUUACCCGUCAUAUAGACGGCGAAUUCGAGCGACCAAAAUUAUCGCUUCCAGAGUCACCAAUAAUACUGACAACUCGAAGACAAGACCGAAUAAGACUGGAAAGAAUUAUCUCUUCAGUGUAUACUCGGGAAUGCCUCCCAUACCCUGGCAUGAGCUUAGCAAAAGGUGACAUUCUCUUUCGGCCCAGCACAAUUAUGAGGCACUUUACUGUCCGUCCUGGGGUCUACAGACGUUCAAGUUCCGUGAACCUUCCUCGAAGCCAGUCUGUCGUUGAGAAACCUUACUCUACCAGCGAAGCUACCCAGCGAAAAUGGUCCAACGACAGUGAUAAAGAUGAAGCUUUACAUGCCAAAUGGGGGUUUGACGAUGAGAAGCACGUCGGCAGUCCUCCGAAAUCCAGCAUGGGAACCAUAAGACGCAGUAAGACAUUAAGGCUAAGGAACCACCCAAGGUCAUCUUGCGGCCUUAACCACCAGAAGACAGACAAGGGAGACGGAAGUUGUGAGCGCGCCGAGAGUCCAUUGAAAACAUCGAUCCGAAUCAUGUUUAAUUCCAUGUCAUUAAGGCGGCCAAAGAGGAGCCCAGGCUUACGCGUGAGUGUUAGUGGUGGAUAA